CUGUCUGAACCAGCAACAACCAUCCGCUAGCAGUUUAGUAUCAAGCUGGAAAAGCUAGUCGAAAGAAAGACUAAAAUAUCUGUCUCUUGCAUUUGCUUAAUAUUUCGCUUGAUUUUACUGGAGUCACUAGUCUUCUAAGUGACCAAGUUGAAGGUCUAGUCGAAGAUGCAGUUCAUGCUGUUGUUCAGCAGGCAGGGAAAGCUGCGGUUACAGAAAUGGUAUGUGCCUCUGUCAGACAAGGAGAGGAAGAAGAUCUCCAGAGACUUAGUCCAGACCAUCCUGGCCAGGAAGCCCAAGAUGUGCAGCUUCUUGGAGUGGAGGGACCUCAAGAUUGUGUACAAGAGAUAUGCAAGCCUGUAUUUCUGCUGUGCAGUAGAAGAUCAGGAUAAUGAGCUGAUUACCCUAGAGAUCAUCCAUAGAUACGUGGAGCUACUGGACAAAUAUUUUGGCAGUGUGUGUGAGCUGGAUAUUAUCUUCAACUUUGAGAAGGCAUACUUUAUCCUAGACGAGUUCCUGCUGGGUGGAGAGGCCCAGGAGACGUCCAAGAAGAAUGUGCUAAAAGCCAUCGAGCAAGCCGACCUGCUGCAGGAGGAGGCUGAGGCACCACGGAGUGUUUUAGAGGAAAUUGGGCUGACAUAAAUCAUGAUGCUGCUGCCUCGCCAUUCAUCUGGCAGCCUUCCUGUCUGUGAUGUUUCUGUUUUCUGUUCACUGUGUCAGUGUUGUAUGUGUAUUCUUAGCCUUUACACUGCGUACCAUAUUAUGUACUGUACUGUCCUUUUUCAGUGUGGUGCCAACUGUGGGUUUUACUUGUCUUCUAUGUAACAACUCAUCACUGUUUUCUGCAAUAUUACAGUAUGUUUUUAAUAUUACUUCACUCCCCUGAGCUUUUUGAAACUUCACAGAAAAUUAUGUAGCAAGAAAUUAAAAAACUUCAGUAUCGUUUUAACAUCAUCAAUCAUCACCAGCUGAAGAACUGUGGUGAUGUAGCUGUGGUUAGUGCCAGUAAUGUUAUUAUAUAUAACUAUUACUAUAACUAUAUAUGCUAUUAGAGUUUAGGAUAACGAUAAACGUGGAAAGUAAAGGUUGUGUAACAAAAUAAAACACAUAGCUGGUCUAAAAGAAUUCACAGAAUCCUCAAAGUCUGGAACAGAAUUAUGUCUAUACAAGUAAACAAGUGUUUUCUCAAGGGACAACACCAAACAAUCCAUGCUUUGUUUUAUUUGUAACUAUAGAAAAUGCCAUCAAGAAUUAUAACAAGUACUGUAACAGUAGAACUAAGUUAGUUUCAUGUUCAUGUAAUGUGAGAAGAUUCAUUUGGGUUUGGGAAAAGAAGUGUGAUCUUUGUUUAUUUGAAUACAGAUAAAAUGUAUUUGAAAAAGCAAGACAAGGUUUUAGCAGUAAGUGUUUAUUUUUCUCUGAAGGUUCUUAAAUUAGGCUUCAUGACUCUGACUCAAACAAACAAAACUGGAGUUUUCUGUUACAGCCAUUCCUACAUUUGUUAAAUGAACACACUAAUUCAAAGAAAGUGAUCUCCCCUAUUAUUACUGUCAACAAUUGUUUGGGAAUUUUUCUCCAGAAAAUUUCAUAUUUCAACACUUUACCUUUAUCGUUACUAAACAGCUGUUCCGGUGUUAUUGCUAUGUUUGUGAAACCUUGUGUUGUCUUUAUUUUUGACAGAGCUGACUGACCUUCCAACAAAAGUAUGUGUUAGCAUCGAGAUCAAUUUUGGGUCAGUCUUCAGGUUUCAGGUCAGAAUUGCAUAGCUACCCAAAUGUAAGAAACACUUAUUACGUAUUUGCUUUGGUUAACUCUUAACUACUAAAAUAUGACCAAAGAACACUGUGUUUGACCUUAUCAAUGAUGUCUGUAGGAAGUUGACUUGGAGGAAAACAGUUAGUCAGUAAUUUAGAGCGUUUGACAAAAUGUGAGCACUAUUUGGCCACAAUAUACCAUUGUCAUCCUAUUAUUCCAACCCUACUAGGUUCUUUAUGGUGUAGGAACUGCACAUAUCAGGAAAUAUUGCUGUUGGUCACCAUCUUCUACAAGCUGGAUUGCAGUCAGUAUUUUCAUCUGCAAUCUUAAAACCACAAACACUAUCUUCUUUGAUUUGUCCAAAUCAUUUACUUUUGUAUUGAACAUGUAUGCCAGUAUUUUUUCUCAGAUUUGAAUAUUAAUAAAAUGUAUUCAAAAAGAAAUCCAGGUGAUCUUUCAAAUGUAUUCUUGCAGCUCUCAGAAGUUUAUUAUGAAACAAAAUAUUGACAUAUGUACAUACUACUCAUGAAUACUACAUUUCUGUAUAAAAAACAUUGUUUCUUCUUUACAUUCACAAGGGUAUGAGGAAAAAAUGACAAAUUUACAAGUUUUGUAAUAAAGAACCUUCUAAGAGUUA